CGUCAAAGUCCCGUAGGGUUCUGGGCGCGUAUUGAUUGAUUUUAUUUGGAAUCUGAAUAAUUCUUGUUGUUAAAAUGAGCGAUUCCGAUGAGACGGAAGGUGGACGACGGAUCCAAGGCGAGAAGAGGAGGAAAGCUAUUUUGGAGAGACUGAUUAAUAAAAAACGAAUUAGUGAAGCAAUUGACACGACGGAUAAAUGUAUACCGACAGGUAUCGGUGCAGUCGAAGCAGGUCCAGCUAAUCAUAUAAUUAUGGGCAUUCAGUUUCAUCAACAGGACUAUGUAUAUAUAAAUUCCAUUUUCGAUCACCCGAAUAUUUUUGCACUAUUAGUUCAUUCGUUGUGCCCUAAUCUUCAUGGCCAUGUAAUGGUUAAAGCUGCACUGAUUUUAAGCCUGUUUGCAAAGCAAGUAAAAAAUGCUAAUUUAUGCAAUAGUAAUAUUCAUAUAUUGCUAGUAGGCGAUCCUGGUUGUGGGAAAUCGCAACUACUGCAAGCGUGUGUAAACAUAGCACCUAAAACUUGCUAUGUCGAUGAGAAAUCUUAUCCAUCGCUCCAAUUGGGAUUUGACGCAAAGAACGAUUCAAAUUAUGAAACAGGGGCAUUGGUACUUGCAAAUGAUGGAUUUUGCUGUAUCAAUGAAUUUGAUAAGAUUGCAAAUCAACAACAGGUACUUCUGCAGGUUAUGAGAAGGCAACAUGUUAAUGUCGUUAAGCCUGAAAGAAAAAUAUUUGUACCUGCAAGGACUACUAUACUGGCGACUAUUACUCCAAAUAAUGGUUAUUAUGACAGAUCGAAAACUCUGCAGGAAAAUUUGAGUACUCAUAAAAGACUUUUAUCAGCAUUCAAUUUGGUACUAAUACUAACCGAUCGUUCAGACGAGGAAGACGAUGGAAGAUUCUUUGAGUACGUAAUGAGUUUACGCCAGUGUAGUCAAAAAUCGAAAAAAAGGUCAAUUUGCAGUUCCUCAAGUUCGACAACUUCCAAAAAUAAUUGCGAAUCGCAUAAUUCGUUAAGGGAAAGACUAUCUGCCAGGGAACUGCUUGACCAUUUGCCUCAAGAAUUGUUUCGUAAAUAUGUAGCUUAUGCUCAACAAUAUAUUGUGCCAAAAAUACCAGAAACAGUCAACGAUGUUAUUAACAAAUUCUAUUUGGAGCUCAAUGAAGAAUACCGAAAUCAUCCAACGUCAGAAGUGUCAUUUAUAGAUAAUCAACUUUUGACCUUAGUUGAAUUGACUAAAGCUAGAGCAAAGCUGGAACUCCGAAGUAAAACUACUCUAAGAGAUGUUUUCGAUGCCCUUGAAGUCAUGAAAUAUGCUUCAGACGAGCAAUUUGUCUUUCACACUUUUCCUAAUGCGAUUCAUCCACAAUCCAACCUUGGGAAAUUAACACAAAAUAAAGCGAAACGAUUUCUUACGUUAUUAACAAAUGAAGCGGCUCGGAAGCAAAAAAAUGAUUUUACUAAAGAUGAGUUGUACAAUAUAGGAAGAAAUGGUAACCUACAAAUUAACAAUAUGUUUGAACUUAUUGAGAAACUGAAUCAUGAAGGAUUUCUCCUUAAACUUGGUUCAAAAUCCUAUAAAUUAAUUUCAAAUUAAACAUUGACAAUGUUUCAAUUCCAAA